AUGAAUAUUAGAGCAAUGGUGCAACGGACCCAGGAGGUGUUUGUCCUUGUGUAUCUGACCUUAUUCUCCAAGGCAACUGGUUUGAAGCCCUACCCUAAGCCAAGCCUGCCACAAGUUGAGGGUGCUGCGUUUUGUUUGAGUUGGAGACUGGCUGUGGAGGCCGACAAUGUGCGUGCAUGGCGCACGGUGCCAACUCAGUGCCUGCGCUACGUUGAAACCUACAUGAUCGGAGGGCAGUACGACCAGGACGUUGAUUUCCUCGUUGGCCAGAUUCUGAGUUAUGUAAAUGGCAUAGCGCUCUCCGGUGAUGGCAAGGACGCUUGGAUUUUGGACGUGGAUGACACUUGCAUCUCCAAUGUCUUCUACUACAAGAGCAAGAGAUACGGGUGUGAUCCCUAUGACCCAUCUGGGUUCAAGGCAUGGGCAAUGACUGGAGCGUGUCCGGCAAUUCCUGGUAUGCUAGGACUGUUUAGCAAGCUGGUGAGUAGUGGGUUUAAGGUGUUCAUGGUCACAGGAAGAGAUGAAGAAACCCUUGGACAAGUCACUACUGAGAACCUGCAUAAUCAGGGAUUUGUGGGUUAUGAACGGCUGAUUUUGAGGUCUGCAGCUUACAAGGGGCAAGGUGCAGUUGCGUACAAAUCAAACAUUCGGAAGCAAUUGGCAGAAGAAGGUUACAAGAUUUGGGGAAAUGUAGGAGACCAGUGGAGUGAUCUACAGGGAGACUUUGUGGGGAACCGCACCUUUAAGCUUCCAAACCCCAUGUAUUUUGUUCCUUGA